AUGACUUCUCAGUAUAAGAAAUUUACAAAGUUAAUUGCUAAGUGGCCGGUAGACAACACGAAAGGUGAAAGAGAUCUCGGCAAAUUUAUUCGUGACAAAGUCAAAGCUGCGUUUGAGACGAGCAACAAACAAAAUUUGGAUUCUGAACAUUGUAAUCGUCAAUAUAAUACUCUAAACAAAAUCGCUGAUAACUACUACCGAGAUAAAUAUAAAAGAACUAGGCAUAGUACAGCAACAGGUUUAAGUACGGAAGAGUGUAAUGUUAUAUUAUCUUCAGAAGUACUUGAUUAUUUAAAAGAAGAAAAUAAAGGAUUCUUUGGAAAAAUAUUCAAUAAGGAU